AUGGACACUGGCGACGGCUUGAGCGGAGACGGAGAGAUGCCACCGGAGAACCCGGCCGGGGGCGGCGGGACGGGGGCCGGGCUCAAAGAGGGUGAAGAAGAAAACAGCAACGGCGGAGAAGAACGGGUUGGGUCCGCGUCGGACCUUGGUGGUUCCGUGGCCGCGCCAUCUCCGCCGCCGCCGCCGCCGCCGCCGCCGCCGCCAGCAGCGCCGACCCUCGCCGUCGGCAGCGGCGCCGUCGCAGCCGCCGUCGCGGCCGCCGCCGCCGCCGGGUUCGUGAAGGUGCCGGCGCCCGCGGCAACAACAACCCCGACGACGAGAAGGAAGUCGAGGACGGUGGCGGUGACGCCAGCUAGUAGUGGCACCAGCACUAGCACUAGCGCUAACACCACGCCGCCGCCGCCGACGGUGACGCCAAAGCGAAAGGCAGCAGCAGCGGCGGGGACGGCAGGCCCGAGCAAGAAGAAGCAGCCGACGCCGAGGAAGGCAACGCCGAAGAAGUCGAAGGCCGCCGCCGCCGCCGCCGCUGCGACCCCGAGGCCGAGAACGGCGGAGUCGGAGGGCAGGCGCCCGAAGCGCGCGAGCGCGGCAGCGGCGGAGGCUGCCGGUUGGCAGAUCCGGGAAGAGUCGUCGUCUUCGUCAUCUGCCGAGGAGGAGGAGGAGCAGAUCGAAGACUCGCCGCCGGCGUCGCCGAGGAGACGGCGUAGGGGAGGCGCUGCUGCUACAGCCGGGAGGACGACGGGGAGGGUCGGGGCGGGGGCGGCGGGGAGGGCGGCGGCGGAAGCGGCGGCGGCGAUAGCGGCGGCGGAGGCCGCCGAGGCGGAGGCGGACGCGGCUGCGGCCGAGGAGGAGGUGGUGGUAGAGGUGGUGGUGGAGGAAGAGGAGGAGGAGGAGGAUGACGAGGAAGAAGGAAACGAAGCGGACUGUGUCAAGCCAGGGUGCGAGUCGGACGGGAUGCUCGUGGUGUGCGACCACUGCGUGGGGGCGGUGCACCUGGAGUGCGCGGACCCGCCGAUGAUCCAGGUACCGGCGGAGUUCUACCUGUGCGAGAGCUGCCGGGGCAUGUGCUCCAUCUGCCUGGACACGGCCAAGAGAGACGACACGGACGUUCGCUGCUUCCAGUGCUACCGCCUCUUCCACUCCUCUUGCCUCGACAGAGUGCCCGAUCCCGACAACUUCCACUGGAUGUGCCUCGAGUGCGUCGAGAGCGAGGAGCUAAAGGUCGAGACGAUCCUCCACUGCCGAAGCCACAAGCCCAUGGACGCUGCCGUUAGGCUGGCCCGAGUCAACAGCUUCAGAGAGAAGAAGGGGCUUCCACCAAUCACGAGCAGGGGGCUCCGCAGCAUAGAUUCGUCGUACCGGGGGCGGGAGUACUUCGUCCGCUGGGAGGGCAAGGCGUACUGGCACUGCACGUGGCUGUCGCCGGAGCUGCUCCAGAGGAAGUCCGCCGCCAAGCUCAACAACUUCAUCAAAAAGACGGAAGGCACGCUGACGGCUUUUCCGGAGUCGAGGGACCAGGUGCUGCUGAAGGAGUACAAGCCGAGGUGCACCCUGCCACACCGCGUCAUUGCGCGGCGGACCAAGUGCAUGGACGGGAUCACCCUGCAGAGCAUGUACCUGGUGAAGUGGCGCGGGCUGGAGUACGAGGAAUGCACGUGGGAGAUGGAGGGCGACUUGGAGGGCUACCCACACCUGGUGGAGGCGUUUCUUGAUCGGGAGAAGUACGGGCCCACCAAGGAGAUGCUGGGCAACCUGCACCCCCCGGAGGGGUGGGACCGCGUCACCCCCCUGCCCAAGCCGACGAGGUUCGAGCUGCUGACGGAGCAGCCGUGGGGGCUGCGGCAGGGCCCCAUGUACCCGUACCAGCUCGAGGGACUCAACUUCCUCCGACAAAGCUGGUGGUCUAACACCAACGUAAUCCUCGCCGACGAGAUGGGCCUAGGCAAGACCAUCCAGACCCUCGCCUUCGUCCGCAGCAUCCUCCACGAGAGGCCCUCCUCCGAGCACCGUCCCGUGCUGGUGAUCUGCCCCCUGUCGACCACGGACAACUGGGAGAGGGAGCUGGAGAUGUGGUGCCCGGAGCUCAACUGCGUGCGUUUCGUGGGGAACAUGAAGUCGCGCACGGUGGCUCUCGAGCACGAGCUGUUUCAGGAUGGAGACGGAGGGGUCGGGGUUCAGUGGGAAGGUGCUGCAAGCCGCAGCGGCCGCACAAGGAAAGGGAGGAGCAAGCAGAGGGCGGGGGCGGCCGGCAAGGGCGGCGUGGUGAAGGCCGGGGUGCCCAAGUUCCACGUCAUGAUCACCCACUACGAGAUGCUCCUUCAGUGUUCUCACAUCCUGAAGGCGAUCAAAUGGGAGCUGCUUGUCGUUGACGAAGCUCACAGGCUAAAGGCGGGCGCGACGUCCAAGGUGUGCCAGCUCACGGCCAGUCUGGACACGCGGCACCGCCUGCUCCUCACCGGAACUCCCCUGCAGAACACGGUGGACGAGCUGUUCAACCUGCUGCAGUUCAUCGAGCCGCACAAGUUCUACGACAAGCUCUUGUUCAUGAGCCAGUUCACCAACCUCGAGCGAGAGGGGCAGGUGGCCCAGCUGCAGUCCCUCCUGAAGCCGCACAUGCUUCGCCGCAUGAAGAAGGACGUGCCCGACCUGGACAUCCCGGACAAGCGGGAGCUGGUGGUGCCCAUCGAGCUCUCGCGGGAGCAGAAGGAGGUGUAUCGCGCCAUCCUCACUAAGAACAUGGACGUGCUCAGAAAGGUGCGAACGUACGUACGUGGAGGGAUGUCCUGUGUUCGUGGACUUUUGGUAGGGGGUCCGGCAGGAGGGGGGGAGGUGGACAAUUUGGUGCACCGCGCCAUCCUCACAAAGAACAUGGACGUGCUCGGCAAGGGGGUCCGGCAGGAGGGGGGGAGGUGGACAAGUAGGCGUACCGCGCCGUCCUCUGACCGAGAACAUGGAAUUAACGUGCUCGGCAAGGGGGACCAGAAGAAGGGCACGUCGAGGGGUCUGCAGAACAUCGUGAUGCAGCUGAAGAAGGCGUGCAACCACCCGUACCUGUGCCGCCCGAUGGACGCGGCCUCCGUCGAGGACCUCGUGAAGGCCUCCGGCAAGAUGAAGCUCUUGGAUAGCAUGCUGAAGAAGCUCCACAAGGCGGGGAACCGUGUGCUGGUGUUCUCCCAGAUGACCGCCCUCCUCGACAUCCUCCAGGACUACGCGACAUUCAGGGGCUGGGGCAGCCGCCGCAUCGACGGCAACACCCCGGCCACCGAGCGGCAGCGCUACAUCGACGACUUCAACCAGAGCGCCGCCGCCAACGACAGGACCAAGAAGAAGAAGAAGGAAGAGCAGGACGAUAACGACAAAGGAGGUGACGUCGCCACUGAUGGUGCCGACGGGGCCGGAAGCGCCGAGGCCACCGGCGAUAGCGGUAAGGUUGGCGGCGACGGCGGCGGUGGUGGUGAUGGAGAUAAGGAGGCGGGGGAGGGGGGGGAGGAGGUGGAGGGAAAUGAUCAGCAGGAGAAGAGCGGGAGCACAGGAGGUAGCGACAAGGACAUCUUCCUCUUCUUCUUGAGCACCAAGGCUGGAGGCCAGGGCAUCAACCUGGCCACGGCCGACACGGUGAUCAUCUACGACUCCGACUGGAACCCUCACAACGACCUGCAAGCGCUGGCUCGCGCGCAUCGCAUCGGGCAGGCCAACAAGGUGAUGAUUUACCGUUUCGUUUCCCGCGCCACGGUGGAGGAGCGGAUCCUCGAGGUAGCCAAGAAGAAGCUGCUGCUGGAGCACGUGGUAGUGCAGGAUGGCAACAAGAGCAUGACACAGGAGCAGCUUAACCUCGUCAUCAAGUACGGCGCGGAGGACCUGUUCCGGGAGGAACCAGACGAUGAGGCGGAGGGGGGGGACACGGCCGCGGCUGCCCCCGCCGGUGGUGGCGACAACGAAAAGCAAACUCGGGCGGAAAAGUGGGGCGAUGGGUCCCACCGCGGCCGCAAGGUCUCCCAGUGGACAGACGAGGCUGUCGACCAGCUUCUGGACCGGUCAGCUGUUGCGGAGGAGGAGGCGGGGGCGACGCGGGGUGAGGGGGGGGACGGGGCCGCGUCGAGCUCCAACGCGCUUGGUUCGCUGCUGCAGACGUUCAAGGUGGCAUCUUUCGCCCAGGUGGAGGCGCCGGCAGAGGACCCCGAGGUUGAAGUAGCAGAAGAAGGUGGCCCCGCUACAUCAUCCGGGCGGCACCCGGGUUCAAGCCGCCGGGAGAGCGCCGGCACGGGCGACCAGGAUGCCUCCUCCGCCGUCGACAUGGACGUCUCUGGCGACGGGAAGGAGGAAGACGGAGCGGCGGCGGGCGGGGAGGACGCGGUUUUGCCAGGGGGGCCCGCGCUGUUUGGCGAGCGGCCGGCGGAUAGCGGCGCUGGGUGGGAAGAGAUCCUGGCGAAGAGCUACAAGGAGCAGCAGACGAGCCAGGCGGCUCGGCUAGGCAGAGGCAAGAGGGAAAAGACCCAGGUUCGGCCAUACGCCGCCGAGGAGGACGAGCACGACCCCACGAACCACGGGGGCGGCGGUAGCAGCAACGGCAGCCUCCGUCAAGGCGAGGAGGGGCGAGAGGAAGGCGACGACGACGUGGACGACGAGGACGAUGGCGACGACGACAUGGACGAGUACGGCUCGGAGCAGCCGGACGCGGAGUUUGAGCCGCCUACGUCCAAGGCUGCCGCGGCGGCGGCGGCUGCUGCUGCUGCUGCGGCGGCUGCCGCUGCCGCCGCCGCUUCGCCGGGAGGUGGGGGGGAGGCGCCGGCGGGGGCUCCUGUCAAGAAGACAAGGCACCGCCAGCGGGACUCGCCCAUCGAGGUGCUGGAGACCACGGAGGGUAUCAAGACCAUCGUGAGGUGCGUGACUCGCUUCGGGGUGCCGGACGGAGACUGGCGGCCGUGCAUGGAGGCGGUGGUGACGAACUCGAGGCUGCACCUCGACCCGGCGUUCGCGAGGGACAUCGGUCCUGCCAAACCGUUCUUGCAGAGCGCUUUGAAGAAGGCCCUGGAGCCCGACUACCCCCACGCGGCGGGCAAGCGGCGGGAGCUGCUGUCUAGGAUAGCGGCGAUGGAGCUGGUGUUCCGGAAGCUCCAAGAGUGCAAAGGAAAGCCCUUCGAUAUUCAGGACAAGCUUUGCGGGGUGUACAUAAACCAGGCAAAGGGUGGGGGGUUGGAGGAGUGGUCGCGAGAGAACGACCGAAGCCUUCUGAUCGGUCUGCUCAAGCACGGCAACUCGCGGUACCAGGCGAUGGUGCAGGAUGAUACCCUGGGUCUCCGGCCUGCCCUCGAGCUUGCCCUCGCUGGCGGGGGAGGCGCGUCCUGGCAGCUGGCGUGGGGAGAGGACGGCCCGACUGGGCAGCCGGGGUUCAAAGGCAGCCCGGAGUGGAAGUACGUCAAAGACCGGCUGCUCUUGCUCGAGAGAGCCCUGGUGGACGAGCACCAGUAUAGGCAGGGCAAGGCCUCCCUCGAGAGGGAGCUCAAGACCCUGCUGGCGAGACACCAGCAGUCGCUCGGCCCGAACGACCAGCGCAUCGAGCAGCUGAUAGCUAGCGUGAAGGCGGCGCAGGAGCGCGAGGUGCCAGAGCUGGUGACGAGGCUGGCGGCGAUAGAGGAGUUCCAGGCCGCCGGGGAGAAGGUGACGGCGAUGCGGCGUCGGCAGGAGGACGCUCGCAAGCGGCUAACCCAGGCAUUUUCGGCCAUGUCGGCCUACAUCCAGCGCUACCGGUGUCAGGAGUCGGAGUUCGAUCUCGGGGCGGCGCUCAUGAACCCGAUGGCGGACUACUUGACGGCGUCGUCGGCAUCGGGCGGGCGGGGGCUAGGGGAACGAGAAGGCUUCGGCUCACCUUCCCCUCACGGAGGUAGUAGCCACCGGCGAGCGGGGCUGGGGCAGCGGGGUUGGGGCGGGCUGCAAGCAUGGGACGGUAGCAACGGGGAGUAUUACUUCAGCUCGAUGGGCAGUGGUGGCGGUGGUAGCAUCGGCGGCGGCGGCGGUAGCAGCGGCCGGGGCGGGAGAAGAGCAAGGGCGGGGCCGUCGCGAGACUCCCAGGGGGGGCACAGCGGCGGGGGGAGGUGGUCGUCAGCUUCUCGGACGCUGCCUCGGGGGAUGCUCUUCAACCCGAACGCGGAGACGGGGGCGGCGGGAACAGCGGAUGGGCGGCAGCAGCAGCAGCAGCAGCAGCACCCCCAGGGUCCCGGUUCGCCGGAGGAGAGCGAGGGCGAGCAGCAAGUCAGGCACCUGCUGAGGGUGAGGCAGGCCAUGCUAGGUGGGGGAAACGCCGGGAUGGGGCGUGUUGGCGGCGGCGGCGGCGGCGGCGGCGGCCCUCCUUCCGCGACUCGUGUGAUGAGGUCGGAGCAGCAUCUGGGCGGCGAUAGGCGGCAAGAAUCGUGGAGCAACGACGGAGAUGGCACCGCUCUGGACGAGGAGGGCGGGCGCCCCGCGGUAGGCCGCGGUGACAAUGAUUACGACGGUAGCGGUGACGGUGGGGGGGCUGAAGACGGCGGCGACGGUGCGGAGGAGGCGGGAAACUCGGCAGGGUCAGCGCGGAAAAUCGCCGCACAGGAGGAGGAGGAGGAGGAGGAGGAGGAGGAGGAGCAAGAACGAGAGGAGCUUAGCAUCGGCGGCGACGGCGGGUCUGCCGACGAAGAAACAGUAGAAGCUUCCGUUGCUGCUGCUGCUGCUGCUGCAGAUGCAGAUGCUCCCAUGAGUGUCGAAGCCGCUGCUACCCCUCCUGCUGCUGAUGCUAAUGCCGGCGAGGUCGACGGCGGCGGUAGCGACAACGGCAACAGCUCGGCCGGAAGCUUUGACGGCGGAGCAACGGCAGCAGCAGGCGCUGCGGGCGGCGAUGGUGCUGCCGACGAGGACGAAGACAACGACGGAUACGACUUGAGCGACGACGAAAUGGGGAAGAGAGGCGGAGGGGCCGAGCAGCACGCGCACAAGAGACCGCGUGUGGAGUGAGCGUAUUUCUUUGUCAUCAGCAGCGGGCAUCUGUUGGGGUGUGAGUGAAUGAAGGAGGCGUGCCAGACGUUGUUUUUUCGUGCGUAUGAACGCGCGUGCUUUGCCAAGGUCUGGGCUUGGGUGAAGAAAGUUGAGCGUCCUGAACUGUGUCUAUAGGUUGUGGCCGAAUGUUCCACCGGCAUCGGGGGUGCAGCGGGAGGGGUUAGUUGGCUCGGUGACGUGCCAAAAGGGGCUUCGGGUUGGCGGUGUUAAAUAGUGGGCUGGGCUGGGCACAUAGGAGCGUUAUGUUUGGCAUGACUUUUUUUCUGUUCUUGUGAAGACGUUGUUGACGCGUCGUGCCAUAUUUGAAAGGAGUGAAUCGAUGGGGAAAUAUAGACGGAAGAGAGAAAUUCCGCACAUGCUUGCGGUGUGUACACGGGUACUUCGACAGGGAAAAAUAUGGGCGUUGCAAUGAAGCUCAAGCGCGUUUGGCCAAUUUUCUUGGGCGCACUCGAUCAUGGCUUGAUUUUUCUUUGGACUGCAGUAGCGUUGGUUGGGCAGACAAGUGUUGCUGACGCGAGGCGAGGGGGGGUGUUGGUUGUUUGCUG